GAGAAACAAAUUCAUGUUGGGCCUGUUCUCAAGUAUAAAUCUCUCACAUAUCCGAGUGGUUUACUUCAAAAUCAGAAUGAUCAAUUCAACAUAAACAUAAACAAACAGAAAAUUUAACACUGAAUGGCGAAUACCACCCCGCCACCACCGAAGAAGUCAAAGCGCAUCGAACGCGACACGAAUCGCGGCAAGUGGAAGUCCAAAACCGAGUUCAUACUCUCGCUCAUCGGCUAUGCCAUCGGCAUUGGCAAUGUUUGGCGCUUUCCAUAUCUCUGUUACCGCAGCGGCGGCGGUGCCUUCCUUGUGCCGUACUGUUUAAUGGUUCUUCUGGCUGGUAUACCGCUGUUCUAUUUGGAGGUACUCAUCGGCCAGUUCUCGGGCACGGGCUGCACGGGAAUGUUCCGCUUGACGCCGAUACUGAAGGGCACAGGGAUAGCCCAGGUCAUCGUCAACAUGUACUGUGUGUGCUACUACUCGGUUAUCCUAUCAUAUCCCAUUCGCAUGAUAUCCUACUGUUUCUACAAGACAGUUCCUUGGGUGGACUGCGACCAUUCGUGGAACACUGACAACUGUGUUAACAUAGAUGAUCUGAAAAAACAAAAUUCGUCGGACUUUGUGACAUCAGCGGACGAGUUCUUUCAUCGCGAAGUGCUUCAACUUUCAAGUGGCAUCGACGAUCUUGGCGGCAUUGUGUGGGAGCAGACCCUUAGCCUCUUUCUAUCAUGGAUUAUCAUCUAUUUAUGCGUGUCUCGAGGGAUUCAAUCGGUGGGCAAGGUUGUCUACUUUACGGCACCCUUUCCCUAUGUACUGCUUUUCAUUCUGUUCGUACGGGGCAUCACCCUGCCAGGGGCCUGGACUGGCAUCAAGUUCUACAUGUACCCCGAAUGGGACCGCCUCCUUGAUCUAAAAGUCUGGGCUGAUGCGGCCAUACAAAUGUUCUUCGGCCUCGGCCCCGGAUGGGGUGGCAUCGUCAACAUGGCCAGCUUCAGCGAUUUCCGGAACGACGCGAAGUUCGACUCCAUUCUGAUUGUCACCGUCAAUGUGUUCACCAGCAUCUUUGCCGGUUUUGUGGUGUUCUCCGUUUUGGGUUUCUUGUCAGAGAAGUCAGGCAUUCCCGUGGCUACGGUGGCCACCUCUGGUCCUGGACUGGCGUUUGUCACCUAUCCAGAGGCCAUAGCAAAGCUUCCGGUGCCACAGCUGUGGGCCAUCAUGUUCUUCUUCAUGCUCUUCCUCCUGGGUAUCGACAGUGUGUUUGUACAACUGGAAGCCAUCACCUCCUCAAUUCUGGAUGAAAUAAGGUGGUUCAGGAAUCACAAGUGGAAGCUCACGCUUGUGUGCUGCACUGUUUUCUUCCUUUGCGCGAUUAUAAUGACCACGCAUGGCGGCAUGUAUAUCCUGCAACUGUUCGACUGGUACUCCUCGGCCAUAUCCGUGAUAGCCAUCUGUCUCGUGGAGAUCAUCAUGGUGUCCUUCAUCUACGGCAUAGACAACUUCAUGCUGGAUGUGGAGUUCAUGAUGGGAAAGCGCCCCUCCAUCAUUUGGAAGAUCCUCUGGAAGUGGGUCACUCCUAUAGUUCUAGUCUUCAUUUUUUUCAUGAGCAUCAUCUUCAUACGGACCAUCAGUUACCAUGGUAAAGUCUUCCCCCAAUGGGCCAUCAUUAUUGGAUGGGCAAGUUUCGUGUCGUCCGUCAUGUGGAUACCGCUGUACGUCCUGUACAUCAUGAUCCGCAAGCGGGAGACUAUGUGCGACAGCCUCAAGAAGCGAUUGAAGCCCCUGGACUGGACCCCUGCCGAUCCGGAAGAUCGCGAAAAGUACGAGGCCUUCCGUCGUCAGCGCAGAAUGCCGGCCUUCAUGUCUGACACAGACGCGGAGGGGAUGAAAUAAUCCCCAAUCCUAAUGCCAAACAUCUUUAACUUUUACAAUACAAAACUAAGUGAUUGUCAAUAAAGACUGAUUUGUAUUUACAGCACGCA